AUGCCUUCACAACUGACAGCUGUGCCUUCAAUGCUGCUUGUCGUCAGCCCUGCCCUUUGUGUGCUGGGCAAAUCUGCGGCUUUCCGUGCGCUGUGGUCUCACGAGGGCUGUGGCGCAGGCCGCUUCGAGCCGGCAGAGUUGCAGCUUUCUGCCAUUGCCUGGGCUGGCUUCUAUACUUCGCUUCGUGCACCCGAGGCCUCUGAGCUUCCUCUGCCAGCCUUGGAGCCGGUCCUUGGAAGGCUGCAGGAGGCCGAGGAGUUACGCCUCAUGGCUGUCACAGGAUCCACUCUGCAGCUCUGUGAUGGUAAGAUCGUUGCCUGGACGACCUCAGAUCCGAGUGCAGAAUGGGAGGAGGCAGCUGCCGAGCUGGCCCGGAAGCUUUGGCACAGCGUCUCCGUGAAGCAAUGCCAUGCAGCUUUGCAGCGGACACUUUUCGGAUUACGGGAGAAGCUCCUGGAUGAGACGACCGGACACAAGGAUGCAGAUUCUGCCUUGGACAUCCUGAUGAAGUUGAAGGAUGCCUUCCAGAGCUGGGAUGCCACAGCCCUCAAAGACCAUGGGCCCAUUGGACAACUGGCGGCACAGAUCGAUGCCAGGCUGCUGAUCCACCCUGAGGCCUUGAUGGCCAGCAUGCUGAAGUCCUUCGAGAUGCUGCAGUGGCUGCGAAAGAUGCCCGACGAUGCUGACUACCUUGUUCGAAUCGAAGUGGCUCUUAACCGAUCGGAGAUGGAGGUGCCUAAUGAGCUGUGGCUUGCAGACGAAGGCAGAGUAGACGAGAGCAAGCUGUCGGCCCUCACGGCAGUGCGGACCACCUUGCAUGAUUUCAUCUACCGGCCCAAGACCCGCUUCCCUUCCCUGGACUUGCUGCUGGAGUCCCUUUCUGCGUUGGAGCAUUCCUCUGAGAUUGCAGGCCUUGUAGAUGCCCUGGAGUUUGCCUUCUCCCUGCUUGAGCCUCUCUCUGAGCUCUUGGGUGGCAAGGAUGCUGCCUUGGCAAGGAUGCUGCAGAUGCUGAAGCCAACCAGCUGCGCACGCUGGUUGCUGUGCUACCCAAGGUCGGCUGCACCCGGUGCGCCAGUUUCAGAGCAAACGCACGAAGAGGAAGAGGAGACUCUGGAUGGCGCUGCCAAUAAAGGGGGUGUCAUCUACCUCGCUGAUAGGCUGGACUUCAAUAUUGCUGAGUUCCGCAUGCUGUCAGAAGAAACCUUCCUUGUGAAGUUCUCAUG